GAACAUUCAUAGAAUCUGCACUCCCCUCCUCUGGGAAUUUAUAGAAAACUGCUGAAAUCCACUCACAUAAGUGAACAAGUCAGAGUAACACCUCUUCAGGGGCGGACUGACAACUCAUGGGGCCCCGGGCAAUAGGGGAUCAUGGGGCCCCUGUGUCCUUGCCCAAACUCAAAAAAGCCUAUGAAAAAGGUACCAGGGGCAUCUCAUGGGGCCUCCUACUGACCCCAGGCCCUUGGGCAGUGCCCGAGUUUCCAAAUGGUCAGUCCGCCCCU